AGACCAACACCGACCCGGAGAGUAACGAUAGUCGUUGUUCGGUAGCGGAAACCCCUGUAUUUACAAACACACUGCUUGUAACCGGUGGAGUCAGAGAGCUAAUGAACGGUUCAGAGGAAUUACUGAAGACGCGCAAAGGAUUGUUUACGUCAAUUAAGGAAAGACUGUCAAUUUAGCCAGACAUGUUUUCGGGUACAACGACACACUUCCGCCGUAGCGGUGCUGAAGGAGAUGAAAAACUGCCUGAAGACACCGCAACAACGGAAUACUGCGCAAAGUUGCAGCAGUGGAUGUGGCAGUAUUACUGGGGUUAUGCUAACUGGCAGAGCUGGCUGUCUCUGACAGCUCUCCCCUUUCCUCCGCCGGGGACAGGUGCUCAGACUCCGGGACCAUUAACAGCACCUUCCUCCACCUCGGGGCAGCAGACUUACGACCCUGCAAACUGGUACAGCUACCCUUAUCCCUUCAGUUUCCCUGCAUCCUCUCCUCAUCUUAGUGGCACCCAGGUCGGACAUAGCUCCACCACGACCCCGGCUGCAGCUGCUGAUGGUCGGACAGCCCAACAGCAGAAUGGGAACCCACCUCAGGCAGGACGGGAGUACACCAUCCCUUCUCCUCUCCAGAGGUUCCUCGCUGAGACGGUGGACUUCUUCAUCUUGUUCUGUGUGAAGGCCACCAUCGUGCUGUGGAUCAUGCAUCUGAGUGGAAUGAAGGACAUUGCCAAAUUUAUCACCCACUUCAUUGUGGAGGAGAUAGACGAGAACACAUCGAUGGAGGACCUGCAGAAGAUGAUGGCUGUAGCUCUGGUUUACAGGGUGUUGGUGUGUAUCUUUGAGGUGAUAUGUAUUUGGGGAGCUGGUGGUGCCACACCAGGGAAGUUCCUGCUUGGUCUGCGGGUUGUGACAUGUGACACAUCCACUCUGGUCCGUCCAAACCGAGUGCUUGUUGUCCCUGCGUCUAAUGUGUCCCUCUCUGCCUCUACCGUGCGGUCUCUCAAUAAGAACUUCUCCAUUGCCUUCCUCUUCCCCGUCUUUAUCACUCUCCUGUUCUUCCAGCACAACAGGACUGUGUAUGACAUCGUGGCCGGGACUAUCGUUGUCCAGCGUAGAGGGGGCAGAUAGCCUCUCCUCCUGCAGCAGACUUUUUGAAUACUUGGCAGUGGCAAUGACAUGGUGCUUGAAAAAUGUAAAUCAGGUCACAGAUCUCUUCUUGGACUUAACCUGCACUGUCAAACUGGAUGCAAACAGGUUGAAGGCUUGGCACAUUGAAGACAAAAAGAUCCAGCCCUACAACUUUUAGUUGAAGCUUCUUCCUUUUUUUUUUUUUGGACAACUGGAUCAUCAAAUCAGCUGUCAGGAAGCCUUCAGAAGGUUUUUGAUCAUUUUGAAGUAGGUUAAGCUUGAAAUGGUGCUGUCAAAUGUUUCCAAAAACUUUUCAUCAUUUAAUUCAGACCUGAACGUGUCCUACGCCAUAAUACUAUAUCGGUAAUUGAUUUUUAUAAUACAAGAAUCCCUCAUGUGUAGGAUCAAGAACAUUUAACUUUAGCGACUGUGAGUGUCUACCACAGUAGGCCAUAUAUUCUCUGUGCAGUUGUCUGAGUUUAGAUGACUGUCUCUUGGAAACGUAUAGUUCCGGAUGAAUUGGGCACACACCAUUAAGAGAUAAGAGUUCUGAACAUGGGGUCUUGAAAGCAGAAUUUACAUAAUUAGAUUCUCAACUUUGCAGCUUAUUCUUAAACAAAUUGUUUCUUAUUUUUAAGUUAUUAAAAAUGACUCAAAUGUUUGUUUGCUGAUGAUAUUUUAUCUUACUUUUGUGAUUCUUCUUAAGCAAACAAAUCGAAGAACAAAAAAAGUCCAAGGCUUGUUGGUGUCUGUUCUCUGUGCCUACAAAGUUGGAGAAGUAUUGUUUUGCCACCUUUGGGCCUCGGUGAAUUGAAACAAAGACUUAACUUUCUGGUUUAAAAGGUAAAUGAAAAGUUAACUGAAGCGAUAUAGCUCUUAUUUAUUCUUCUUCAUAAAGUGUUUAUGUCACAUGUACUGAUGUCAGCGGCUGCUUUGACUAUCUACCCAUCAGGAUCUAACUGAUCACAUUGACACAUGUCCACAAACCCAUGGCUUUUUGGAGCUAUUUUAGGUUCAGUGUCUUUCCUAAGGACAUGAAAUGCUAUUCUUUCUGUGUUGGGGGGGGGGGGGGUGGCUUGUAAUAGUUGUGACUCAGGGCGACAAAUCAAAGACCCACUGAUUGUCUGAAUGGCAUUUUUAAUUGCACUGGCUCAUGUCAGAUUUUAAAUGUGAGGCACAAUGUGAUAAUAUUCUUGUAUUGAAGACAACACUAAAUUAUUUACAUAUUUUGUAUCAUUCUGCAUUAGCUUGAAAACUUGAAUUAUUAAUAAAUAUAGUCAAAUACUUCAAAAA